CUCAGUGAUGGGGCAGUGAGGAAGACAAAACUCCUCUGUCCUGUGUAAACUUCUCUCAUGUCCUCUGGCAUAAACUUGGUCCUACAUGUGUCAUCAUGCUGCGGGUGGUAGUAGAGUCAGCUAAGAAUCUUCCUAAAAAGAAACUUGGAAGCCCUGAUCCAAUUACAUCUGUAACCUUCAAAGAUGAGAAGAAAAAGACCAAAUGGAUUGAUAAUGAAGUGAAUCCUGUGUGGAACGAGGUGCUUGAAUUUGAUCUAAAGGGCACUCCGCUGGACUCCGGCUCCUAUCUAGACGUGGUUGUGAAAGACUAUGAGACUAUUGGUAAAGAUAAAUUUGUUGGGUCAGCCAAAAUCCUGCUGAGAGACCUUGCUUCAGGUCAAGCAAGAUCUCUGCCAUGCAAAAAUGCUCCUCUGGUCAAUGAAAGUGGGCAGAAUAUUGGCGCUACAAUCGAUCUUGUGGUUGCCUAUGACUCUCCAGCCAAUGCUGGUCCAAACCCCAGUAACCCGCAAGGUGGAGAUGCUACAGUUGAUGCUGGAGGUGGUGGUGGUGAAGAGGAAGGCGACACUCAAGCAGAUGGGGUCCAAAGUGGCUCUGCAGGAAUCUCCACAACCUCUGGUCCGCCCGUCGAUCUCCGCCAGAAGAUGGCCAGGGCACAGAGUCGCCACAGACUUGUAAACAAACCACAGGACUUUCAGAUCCGUGCUCGAAUCAUCGAGGCCCGUCAGUUGCCUGGCAACAACAUCAAACCUGUGGUGAAGGUCAGCGUGGGUGGAGAGACCCACAGGACCAGGAUCAAGAGGGGAAAUAACCCUUUCUUUGAUGAAAUGUUCUUCUACAACGUUCACAUGCUGCCAUCAGAUUUGUUUGAACAGAACAUUUGUUUCCGGGUGUACGAUUCAUAUUCACUGAGAGCUGACAGCCUCAUGGGUGAAUUUAAGCUGGAUGUUGGUUAUGUUUAUGAUGAACCAGCCCACUGUGUUAUGAGGAAGUGGCUCUUGUUGAAUGAUCCAGAUGACGCCAGCUCCGCAGCUAAAGGCUACCUCAAAGUUAGCCUCUUUGUAGUAGGAGCAGGAGAUGAACCUCCGGUGGAGAAGAGGGAGUCUAAUGAUGACCAGGAUGACAUAGAGAGUAAUCUGCUGCUGCCAGCAGGUGUAACUCUGCGAUGGGCAACUCUGUCACUAAAGGUCUUCAGAGCUGAGGACAUUCCACAGAUGGACGAUGCAUUUGUCCAAAGUUUAAAAGGGAUUUUUGGAGGAGACGAAAAUAAGAAGAACUUGGUGGAUCCUUUUCUAGAAGCUCGAUUUGCUGGCAAAAAGCUGUGCACACAGAUCAUUGAGAAGAAUGCAAACCCAGAGUGGAAUCAAGUUUUGAACCUCCAAGUCAAAUUCCCAUCGAUGUGUGAGCGUGUCAAACUGACCGUCUAUGAUUGGGAUCGUAUGACAGGAAAUGAUGCUGUUGGCACCACAUACCUGAACCUGGCCAAAAUUGCCUCCUCUGGUGGAGAAGUGGAAGAAGAACAUGCCAGAAAUGCGGAAAUAUCGUCAUUUGAAGCUCACUCAGGCGACACUGAGGUGGGGUUCUUACCCGUGUUUGGCCCUUGCUAUAUAAACCUGUACGGAAGCCCCAGAGAGUUCAGCGGCCUGCCAGACCCCUACGAGAAACUCAAUUUUGGCGAGGGAGAAGGGGUGGCCUACAGAGGCAGGAUUCUGGUCGAGCUGUCCACUAAGUUAGAGCAGAAAAUAGACAAAGCUGUCGAAGGUAUCCCCAGUGAUGACCUCCUGGUGGUGCAGAAGUACCAGCGGAGGAGGAAAUACUGUCUGUGUGCAGUUUUCCACAGCGCUUCCAUGAUUCAAGAGCCUGGCGAACCAAUCCAGUUUGAGGUUAGUAUCGGUAACUAUGGCAACAAAUUGGAUACCACUUGCAAACCACUGGCCUCCACCACUCAAUACAGCUGUGCAGUUUUUGACGGUAACCAAUAUUACUACCUGCCCUGGGCAAACACUAAACCGGUGGUUGUGGUCACAUCUUUCUGGGAAGACAUCAGUCACCGCCUGAAUUCUGUCAACAUUAUCCUCUACAUCAUUAACCGCCUGCAAUCAAACCUGAGGGCAUUUAAAACUGCCAUGUUGGCAAAAGUCUCUGACAACCAACUUGCAGAGGUGUGGCUGAAGUUGCUCAAUAUGCUUAUUGAAGACCUGGAAAGUUUCCCUGCACCUGAGCUGGAGGGCUGCUCCAACCUGACAUCUCUGGACAUCCAGAUCAAGAAACUGCGAGACAGCGCUUUGUCUUCCAUCCUGGAAGCAGCCAGGCGGAUGAGAGAUGAGGCCAGAGAAAUCUCUGAGACUCUGUCCAACAUAGAAAUCUGGGUGGAAAAACUCCAACAGCUGGCUGAAGAGCCCCAGAACAGCAUACCGGAUGUGAUCAUCUGGAUGCUUCGUGGUGAGAAGAGGGUGGCCUACAGCCGUAUUCCAGCUCACAAGAUACUUUUUUCCACACACAGUGAGCAGGCCUGUGGACAACACUGCGGCAAGACCCAGACUGUCUUUUUAAAGUACCCCAUGGACAAGGCCAAAGGGUUGAAGGUGCCGGUGCAGGUCAGAGUCAACAUGUGGCUCGGUCUCUCUGCACAUGAGAAAAAGUUCAACGCUUUCUCUGAGGGAACCUUCAGUGUGUUUGCUGAGCUGUAUGAAAAUCAGGCCAAGGUCUUUGGUAAGUGGGGGACCACAGGUUUGGUGGGACGCUACAAAUUCUCAGACGUAACUGGCAAACUGAAGCUGAAACAGGAGUAUUUCAUACCACCCCGGGGAUGGGAAUGGGAGGCUGACUGGUUCAUCGACCCUGAAAAAGCUCUGCUAACCGAGGCAGAUGCAGGACACACCGAAUUUAUGGAUGAAGUUUUCCAGAACGAGACCCGUUUCCCUGGUGGAGAUUGGAAAGCCGCCUCUGAGCCGUAUACCGAUGUGAAUGGGGAGAAGAGUCGCAACCCUGCAGAGUUCGACUGUCCUCCAGGUUGGACGUGGCAGGACGACUGGACUGUGGAUGACAACAGAGCUGUGGAUGAUCAAGGCUGGGAGUAUGGCAUGACCAUCCCUCCAGAUGACAAGCCUCGAUCCUGGGUUCCUGCAGAGAAGGUCUACCAUGUCCACCGCAGGCGGAGGCUGGUCCGACCUCGUAAGAGAGCUCCUGGAGGGGUAACAGUAGAGAGGAGAGAUCGUGGUGACCCUGAAGGCUGGGAAUUUUCCUCUCUCAUUGGCUGGAAAUUCCACAGAAACGAGCGUUCCUCAGACACUUUUCGUCGAAGGCGCUGGAGGCGAAAGAUGGCGCCUGAAGAUCGUCUCGGAGCGUGUGCCAUCUUCCAACUGGAGGGGGCACUGGGUGUUGAUACAGAGGAAAAAGAGAAGGGCUCCAAAGCUGAUGCCACCAAGAUGUUUGGGGCCAACACGCCCACGGUGUCCUGCUCCUUUGACAGAUCCUACGUGUAUCACCUUCGUGUGUACGUCUAUCAGGCAAGGAACCUGACGUCCAUGGACAAAGAUAGUUUUUCUGAUCCGUACGCACACAUCUCCUUCCUUCAUCUUAGUAAGACAACAGAGAAGCUGAAAGCAACGCUGAACCCAACCUGGGACCAAACUCUAAUUUUCCAUGACAUUGAGAUGUAUGGAGACCCCCAGAGCAUCGCUGGAUGUCCCCCUGACGUGGUGCUGGAGUUCUACGACAGUGACCAAGUGGGGAAGGAUGAGAUGCUUGGCCGCAGCGUUUGCACCCCUUUGGUGAAGCUGAAUCCUGGUAUGGAUGAAAUGCCAAGGCUGUUGUGGCAUCCCAUCAUCCAGAAGGGACAGAAGGCUGGGGAGGCACUCGUGGCUGCUGAACUCAUUCAUAAAAACAAGUCAGGUGAGUCAGAUCUUCCCCUGCUGCCGUCAAAGAGAGCUGAAAACGUCUUCAUGGUUCCUCAGGGCAUUCGGCCUGUGGUGCAGCUCACAGCUGUGGAGAUUCUUGCAUGGGGUCUGAGAAACAUGAAGCCUUUCCAGCUGGCCGCUGUGUCUUCACCCAGUCUCGUGGUGGAGUGUGGGGGGCAGAGGGUGGAGUCAGCGAUCAUCAGGAAUAUGAAAAAGAGCCCCAACUUCCCCAGCUCUGUCCUCUUCAUCCAAGUGCUCCUUCCAAAGGAUGAGAUGUACACCCCUCCCAUCGUGCUGAAGGUGAUUGACCACCGUCCGUUCGGCAGGAAGCCUGUGGUGGGUCAGUGCACCAUCACGUCUCUGGAGGAGUUCAGAUGUGACCCGUACGUCGUCGUUUCGGAGGGAGCCAGAGCCUCAAAGAUGGCUCUGAUGAUGGCUUCACCUCAUAAAGAUGUCUCUAUUACCAUGGAAGAGAAGAGACCACUGAUUGAAGCUCAGCCCGUAGAGAAGGAAAAAGAGACGGUCGAUUGGUGGAGUAAAUUCUACGCUUCGGUUGGAGACCAGGAGAAAUGUGGCCCUUACCUAAAGAAAGGCUACGACACCCUCAGAGUGUACGACCGCGAGCUGGAAGACGUCCCAGAAUUCAACGGGUUGACCGACUUCUGCAACACCUUCAAACUGCAGCGAGGCAAGAACGAAAACGGGGACGAAGAUCCGUCUGUGGUUGGAGAGUUCAAGGGUGCGUUCAAGGUGUACCCCCUGCCUGAUGACCCCAGUGUUGCUCCCCCACCCCGCCAGUUCAGAGAGCUGCCAGAAAGUGGACCUCAGGAGUGUCUUGUCAGGAUUUAUGUGAUUCGGGGAAUAGACCUGCAGCCUAAAGACAACAACGGCUUGUGUGAUCCAUACAUAAAAUUAUCAGUUGGAAGAAAUUCAGUGGACGACAGAGACAAUUACUUACCCAAUACUCUUAACCCUGUGUUUGGAAGGAUGUUUGAGAUGACGUGUUUCCUGCCCCAGGACAAAGACCUGAAAAUCUCAGUGUAUGACUUUGAUCUCCUGACUCGUGAUGAGAAGAUAGGCGAGACGGUGAUCGACCUGGAGAACCGCUUCCUGUCUCGAUAUAACGCCUACUGUGGCCUUCCACAAACCUACUGCAUUUCUGGUAUCAAUCAGUGGAGGGAUCAGCUGAAGCCAUCUCAGAUCCUUGAGAACUUGGCUCGUCUAAAAGGACUGUCCAAACCCAGGUCUGAAGACAAUGGCACAUCACUCACUUUCAGUGGGAAAGACUACACGCUGGCUCAGUUUGAAACUAACAAAGAAAUCCAUCAGCAUCUGGGUCCUCCUCAUGAGCGGCUCUGUCUGCACGUGCUCAGAACACAGAAACUUGUCCCUGAACAUGUGGAGACCAGGACACUUUACAGCACCUUCCAGCCAAAUAUCUCUCAGGGACGGCUUCAGAUGUGGGUGGACGUGUUCCCUAAAAGCAUUGGACUUCCUGGUCCUCCCUUCGACAUCACACCACGCAAACCUAAAAAGUACUUCCUGCGGGCUGUCGUCUGGAACACCACAGAAGUGACUCUGGAUGAGACCAGCAUCACAGGAGAAAACAUGAGUGACAUCUACAUCAAAGGCUGGAUGCCAGGUAUGGAGGAGGACAAGCAGAAGACUGAUGUCCACUACAGGUCUUUAGAUGGAGACGGUAACUUCAACUGGCGCUUCGUCUUUGGCUUUGAAUUCCUGCCAGCCGAACAACUUUGCCUCGUCUCCAAGAAGGAACACUUUUGGAGUCUUGACAAAACGGAGUUCAGGAUUCCUCCCAGGCUGAUUGUUCAGAUCUGGGACAACGACAAAUUCUCACUGGAUGAUUACCUUGGCGUGCUGGAGCUGGAUCUGAACAAGCUGGUUCCUCCUUCCAAGACUCCGGAGAAAUGUUCUCUGAAGAUGAUGGAUAAUCAGGACAUUGUUGCACUGAACAAGUUGGACAACUCAAAGUCUCUGUUUGCCCAGAAAUCUGUCAGAGGCUGGUGGCCUUGCUUCUUCGAAAAGGAUGGGCUCAAGGUCCUGGGUGGAAAGGUGGAGAUGAGUCUGGAGAUUGUGACUGAAGCUGAGGCAGAUGAGAGACCAGCAGGGAAAGGAAGAGAUGAACCCAACAUGAACCCAAAACUGGACCCUCCAAACCGCCCAGACACGUCCUUCUUUUGGUUCACAAACCCAUGCAAGACGAUGAAGUUCAUCGUGUGGAGAAGGUUCAAGUGGGUGUUCAUCGGACUCAUCAUCCUCACCAUCUUGCUUCUCUUCAUCGCCAUCCUGUUGUACUCUUUACCGAACUACAUCUCAAUGAAGAUUGUGAAGCCCCUUCAGUAACGUGGAGACAUUGCUGCAGCACAUUAAGGACCACCUGAACUGAACACAAGUUUAAACUGCCAAUGUGCAGGGUUUUUUUUCUGCCUCGUUUAUAAGUGGGUGCUUGAAAACUUGCACUAUAACACAAAAAAAUGUUCUUUUCUACACAAUCUCACUGUGACCAAUGUGAUUGCUUUUAAGACAUGGACAUCUGACGUGUUUCUAAACCUCUGCUUGAAAUCACAGAAUGUAACCGAACACAGACUUGUAGUUUUUUAACUUUGCGGAAGGUGUAUGUUCUGUCUUCUGUGGGUUUUAGUUGUUACUGAACUGAAUCUUGCAGCUAGCAUGUGAUAUAUUUGUGCACACGGAUAACGGAGGUUAAGGUGUUUUU